CGGGCCCUCCUUCCGGCUGGGCUGGAGGCUGGAGGAGCAGCUGUGGACCGAGCGGAGCGGUGCAGAGGGACCGGCGGGCCGCUCGAUCCCGCUGCAGACUUAGGAGAUGCCUGGGACAAGGAGGCCACCUUCUCAGGUCAAAAGAAAAAGGAGGUGACAGACCACUGAAGGGAACCCAUGGCUAGGAUCAGUUUUUCCUACCUCUGCCCAGCUUCCUGGUACUUCACUGUGCCCACAGUGAGCCCAUUUCUUCGUCAGCGGGUGGCAUUCCUGGGGCUCUUCUUCAUAUCCUGUCUCCUUUUACUUAUGUUAAUCAUGGACUUUCGACAUUGGGGUGCAUCAUUACCAAGAGAUAGGCAAUAUGAAAGGUAUUUGGCUCGGGUAGGGGAGCUUGAAGCUACAGAUACUGAAGACCCAAAUCUGAAUUAUGGACUUGUGGUGGACUGUGGUAGCAGUGGCUCCCGGAUUUUUGUGUAUUUCUGGCCAAGACAUAAUGGGAACCCCCAUGACUUGCUGGAUAUCAAACAGAUGAGAGACCGCAAUAGCCAACCUGUGGUUAAAAAAAUCAAGCCAGGAAUCUCUGCAAUGGCAGACACUCCAGAACACGCCAGUGAUUACCUUCGUCCUCUGCUGAGCUUUGCUGCUGCUCAUGUGCCUGUGAAGAAGCACAAGGAGACCCCCCUUUACAUCCUCUGCACAGCAGGCAUGAGGCUUCUCCCUGAGAGGAAGCAGUUGGCUAUCUUGGCUGACCUAGUGAAAGAUUUACCACUGGAGUUUGACUUCCUCUUUUCGCAGUCUCAGGCAGAAGUGAUCUCUGGGAAACAGGAAGGGGUUUAUGCGUGGAUCGGAAUCAACUUUGUUUUGGGAAGAUUUGACCAUGAGGAUGAGUCAGAUGCCGAGGCGUCUCAGGAAUCGGCAACAGGACGCAGAAGGACUGUAGGGAUACUGGAUAUGGGAGGAGCCUCUCUUCAAAUUGCUUAUGAAGUUCCUACCUCAACCUCUGUCCUUCCUCCAAAGCAGGAAGAAGCUGCCAAGAUUCUGCUGGCUGAGUUCAACCUGGGCUGUGAUGUGCAACACACCGAACAUGUGUAUAGGGUUUAUGUCACAACCUUUCUGGGUUUUGGAGGCAACUUUGCCCGGCAGCGCUAUGAAGACCUUGUGCUGAAUGAAACUCUUAAUAAAAACAGAUUGCUGGGCCAGAAGACAGGCCUGAGUCCUGACAAUCCAUUUCUGGAUCCCUGCCUGCCCGUGGGACUCACUGACGUGGUGGAGAGGAAUAGCCAGGUCCUACACAUCCGAGGAAAAGGGGACUGGGCAACUUGUGGGGCCAUGCUGAGCCCCCUGCUGGCUCGCUCCAACACCAGCAAAGCCUCCCUAAAUGGCAUUUACCAGUCACCAAUUGACUUCAACAACAGCGAGUUCUACGGCUUCUCCGAGUUUUUUUACUGUACAGAGGAUGUGUUGCGCAUCGGUGGCCGCUACCAUGGGCCAACAUUUGCCAAGGCUGCUCAGGAUUACUGUGGCAUGGCUUGGUCUGUACUAACACAGAGAUUCAAGAAUGGCCUCUUUUCUUCACAUGCAGAUGAGCAUCGACUCAAAUAUCAGUGUUUUAAGUCAGCUUGGAUGUACCAAGUCCUACAUGAAGGAUUCCACUUUCCCUACGACUACCCAAAUCUGCGGACAGCCCAAUUGGUGUAUGACCGAGAGGUUCAGUGGACGCUGGGAGCCAUUCUAUACAAAACUCGAUUCUUACCACUCAGGGAUCUGCGGCAGGAAGGUGUCCGACAAACCCAUGGUAGCUGGUUCCGUCUCUCCUUUGUCUACAACCACUAUCUCUUCUUUGCCUGUAUCUUGGUGGUGCUACUGGCCAUCAUUCUGUAUCUUCUACGACUCCGCCGAAUUCACCACCGACAAACUCGAGCCUCAGCUCCAUUGGACUUGCUGUGGAUUGAAGAGGUGGUGCCAAUGAUUGGGGUACAGGUGGGGCCAUGAGGAUGGACCAGGACUGGAGAAACUUGAGUACCCCAGAGUUGCUGCUCAUUGAAUUUCUUCACUUUUUUGUACUGGUCUCAGAUGCUGCUUUGACCUUGGAAUUUCUACUUUAAUUUCUACUUUUAAUUCCUUCUUAGUACCCAGGUCCUCUUCUCAGAGAAGUUGUUAUUUAGUCUGUGAAGAACUAAGUGACAAGAGAUUGGUGCUAACUAAGGGGACCAAGCUUAGUCCAGUUGAAGCAUGCUCUCAGUGGUCUGGUAUGUUCCUGGGAUCUAGCCAUUUUUUCCUUUGGUAAAGUGUGAAGUUUGGCAUUGGGCACACUGGAAGCCUGGUUGAAACCAAACUUGGAGCAUCUGAUACAAAGCUGGGGACAUUCUAGCAAGUGCAACAGCCCUUUCUUUCUCUGUAACAGAGAUAUCAUUUAUGUGGAGAUCCACAGCCUUUAAUAGGGAUCCAAGAUCUUUGCAAUUUAAUGGGCCAGAUAAGAAUUUCCAGGCAACCAAAAUGACACAGCCUCCUUGCUUACUUGACAAAGAAACAAUUGUGGAUGUGAUCCAAGAUUCCUGAAAAUGUUGCUGAUGUUAGAAUAUGACUUUAAAUGGUUGGAAUCCCUUCUAAAUGGAUGGCCCAUUGAAGAUUUUAUAAUAUUUUAUCUGAUGUCUGGUCUGACCAGGAUAGACAUUUUUUUUCUAUGUCUACAUGCCUCACAGGCUGUUUGGGCAUUAAUUUUGUUUUUUGAGUCUUAAGUGUGUUUCUAAGAUGGAGAAACUUGUGGCGAUUGAGGACCUGAAUUUGGUUUCAUGAGUCACUGUCCCCUAGGCAUAUUUCUAUGUAUAGGGAGGAUUUAAGAGUUCCUUCAUUUCACUGCUCAGAUGAGUAUCUAGUUUGGGAAUGAAUAUAUUUGCGUUGUCAUCAUGUGAGUGGGCAAAGGCAAUAAAUUCAAAGCUCUUACUCUUUUUGAGAAACAGAAAUUUUCCAAUUCCUGACUCAGAAUAUCUGAAAGAAAGUAAAUUCUAAACUUUGGGAAAAAUAGAUUAAUCUGCUUAGAAGCCACCUAGCAGCUUGCAGAACCUCUGUUAAGAGAUGACUCAGUCACAAAUAGAAUUUCCAUUAGUGAGAGGAAAAGCCAUAAAAUUACAUUUUCAUCUACUACACUUCAGGAGUUUCACUUCUGCUUCACAUUUAGCCUUUCAGUUGCAGGAAGAUUUCUAUUUCAUCACCUCCUGCUUUUCCCCAGAGUCUUCUUUAUUCUUUACUUUCUCCUAUAUUUAGUUGUUAAGUGUCUGGUCCACAAAUAUGUUCCUGGGGUUGAAGUAGCUUUCUUUUCAUCACCUUUGAUUUCUAGAAUUAAAUGAAAAGGAAAAAAAGUCUCUGACUUUAAAGAAUGAAAGUGGAUCUCUUCAAAAAUAAGGUAGUAAGGAAUUGGGUUCUUCAUAGAAAAGAGAAAAUGAAAUUAAGAUCCUCUUACAAAUAAGUAUACUGACUAUUAUUGGUUGGUAGGUGAAAGGAGUGAGUCUUGAAUUGUUUUCUAAUUCGAGAAACUUGAAUCCAGCAAAGACCAAUUCCUUCAAAAAUAUCUUUUUCCUUUCACUUGGGCUUACAUAACAGCAAUUUUCUUUACUUCUUAUUUUUAUGCCCUGCGAGUGAGCCCUUGCCUUAUGAAUGUUGCUUAAAAAUCAUGUCAAAAUGUUUUUGCUAGCCAAUGCCUACUCAGGUUAACUUUUUCUUUUAACUCCAUCUUGGUUUCCAAAUACUUCUUUUGGUUUUCUUGGGAGGUCCAUCAGUGAUUUAGUCAAAAUCUAUGCAAUUGGACUUAACAGCAACCAUACUUGUGUGCUCAACUGAAGCAGGGUGGUAGUGACUAGUCCAAUUUUAAAGCUCUCAAUAGUAAGAUUAUUUUUUAUCUUGGUUGUAAAAAUAAACAGCUGUCAUUUAUUAAGCACUUAAUAUAAACAGACACUUAUAAAUUUAUGUAUGUUAUUUAAUCAUUACCAUAACCUUGCAGAUUGCUAUUACUAUGUUCUUUUUAUAGUUGAGAAUCUCAGGAUACCUACAUUUAUCAUUUUUGAACAUAAAUAUAUUUCUUAUUCUUAAUUUAUUUUUAUUAGUUUUUGUUCAGUGUGUUAUAGCUUAUUAUUUUAAUAUGGGAUCUAGGCUUAUCUUUAUUACCAUGAGUAAGAAGACUUCAUGAAGUUCCAUAGUAUAAAAAUAGGAAGGAAAAAUUAUUAUACUGUACUUCAGAAGAACUGAGUAUUUGCUCUUGGUAUUGGUUCCUGUGCUUCUUCCAUUGCUCCCAAUUAGUAGAUUUUAAAUUUAAUCCAUAGCUUGAAACAGAAGCCAUUUAUUCUUUGCUGAAGGCCAAUUACUUAUAUACUACUUCCUCACAGUGAAAUAGUUUUGCUUAUAGGAGCAGAAAUGGAUCUUGCCAUAUCCUUUAUCUUCUUUUAAACUUCAGUGUUUCAGGAUUCUUAUUUGUACUUCUGCAUGUUGAGUGGUUUCCUUGUGAAGAUAAUUAUGGUGUCAUAAAAUGCAUAUUCCAAUGGUUCCUUUGAAUCUUACGGUUGCUCUUGAUAAUAUCAACAAUGAACCUGAGCUGUUUUCAUACUUUUGUCAUUACUGAGACAGGUCACAGAUGUCAACAUUGGAGUCAGUGGCUUAUCGUAGUGAACAUUUUAUUAGUCUUAUGAUGGAAUAACCCAUCACUUUGCCCCGAAUUGUCAGAACAUAAUGAAAAUGUGUUUAAUAUCCACUCCUGUGGCAUUACAUUAAGUUGCAGUUCACUCUAAGCCAAAUUAUACCAUCUCUCUGUACUUUAUAUCCUCAAAUUGCAUUUCCUUGGUCUGGAAAAUCUUAAUCACUUUCUCCUAACAUCAUAUUUAUUCUCCAAACAUCACCUGCAGUGUUCUGCCCCUCCACGUCCUCUACUUCCUUUAACCUCUAGGUCUUAGGCAGUGAUUACUGAAAUGUUGACUGAAGACCUGCCAUGAACUCUCUAAACUAGGAUUUUUAGUAUUAACAUUUGCUGUCACAUCCAUAUUUGCAUUUUUGAAAUGACUCGUGCUUCUUGCUGGUAUUACGUAAAUGAAUGCCUCCCCCUAAACCAUAGUUCACCUAGUUUUGUAUUUUGCUUUUUGUCAGCUGAGAGACAAAUGGACAGCACAAUUUAAGGGAAGGAACACUGUAUUUAAUGAAUAGCCAGUUUGAAUACUAGACCUGGCUCUUUAGUUUACUUGCUCAGAUAUUCCAAUUUCAUUUGCCUUCUCUGGUUCAGUUUUCAUCCAUAAAAAAAGGUGACUAGACAAGAUAAGGAACUAGUCAGGAGACAAGGUUAAAAAAAAGUCACAUGAUUUCAGGAAGAGGAUUUAGACUUUGGUUUAGAGGACCAGGCUGUCCAAAAGAGCAUCCCACUUGACCCAUAGCCCCUAAAAUUAAGGUUGAUGGGAAUGAGGCUUCCAGUAGCAAUCAUUAUAAAUAAAUUACAGAUGAAAGGUUUUUUGCUUUUAAUUUACAAAUAGAGAUUUAUUUAGCUCAUAGUUCUAGAAGCUGGGAUGUACAGGAGCAUGGUACCAACAUGUGCUUGGCAUUUGCUGUUUUCUUGCUGCAUCAUAACAUGGCAGAGGCAUCAAAUGAUGAGACAGGAUGACAGUUUUAAAGCUGGGAUUUCAGAGGUCAACCCCGUUUGAUUUUGGAUGAUUGAGGCCCAGAACAGUUAUGUGUAAAGUCACAGUGCAUAGCCUCUUAGAUCCUCCCCUGCCUGCAGCCAGUUUGAAAGGUACUCAUUGGCAGAGUCUUUCUGCAGUUUUCUCCCUGCUGCCGCUGGUUCUGCCUUGCAUGCACUAGGCAAGUGCUGUACCACUGAGCUGCAUCCCCAGCCCUCUGCAAAUGUAUUUCAACAGAACCUAUUCUAGUACAGCUGGUGCAACUAACUGUGCCAGAUCUUUAUUAACAGCUUUUGAAAUUCAUUGUUUUACUUCUUUGCUCACACUUAGAAACAUACUUUCAAAGAAAUGUGCCAAAUUUCCACUGCAUAUAUUUUAGUUUUAUUAUUUAAAUAUUUUUAAAUUUAGAUGUCUCUUUUAAGCAGUUUGAUUACUUUGCACAAUUUUUUUUUAACCACAGCAUCCAAAUGAUUAAAAUGAUGGUUACAGUCCAAAUGAAGGUUAUAAAGCUUAUUAGAUCUACCUCAUUAAAGAACUUGGUUGUAAUUCUUGGGCAGUUUCCAGACUUCUUUAUGGAACAGAGAACAUAGUGGUGAGUGGUUUUUGGUUUUACUUGGUUGGUAAAAUUUUUCAAACUAGUUCAGAACUAGUAUCUGAUUUUCCGUUUUGCUGUGGUAUGUGAUAUAACUUCAUUUCAAUUGGAAUUAAGAAUUAAGGUAGAAGUAGUAAUGGAUAUUUCAAAUUCUCCAAAAUUAGGCUUUUACAUGAAAUGCUAGCUUCAGAGUCUUGCCAUGGGGGUAAUUUGCUUCUUUCAAACUUGUGAGGAUUUUGUUGGUGUUAUAAAAAAUGUCACUGUUAAAAAAAAAUGAUUCAAGACCAAGUUUUGGCACUCUGGUUAACAACAUAAAAUAGCAACAUUUUUGCUGAAAUCAUACUUUUUAAGUGAUGUUCUGUACUCCUUGGCUGUCUCUCCUAACUUGGAUCUGAUCUAAGUUCAAAAGUUGUAGUACCUUGUAUUCCCAUCAACCUUCUGGUUCCUUUUUUGCAGGUGUCUUGUUAAAGUUUCAUCUUAAGCCUGCUUUGUCUACUUUCUCUUUUUCUGAUAUCGUAAUAGACUAUCCUUGUAUUAUUACACAUUUCCCUUUUGUCCUAAUAUUUAUUUCUCAGUUUGUCAAUACUGUUGUUAUUAAAGGGACAAAGAAAGCAUAAUAUACCAGCUGACCAUUUUGUUUCUUAGAAAUCUGAGCAAUAAGGAAGUCCUUUUAUCUGUAAAACUGAAUUAUUGCUCAUACUAUAAGGGCUUUCAAUUUUAAAAUGUAUAAGUCAUUGCCUGCCAUUUUCAUAAAUACCAAAGCUAAAAAAUGUCCAGAAUCACAGGAUGUUUAUAGCUAUGCCUGAUGUCUUAGGCAACCUGAAGACAUGUCUGCUUCUGAGUCUUUCUUUCUAAGUAAGGCAGCCACUUAUAGACCCUUCAGUGGCUCACCAUUCCUCCUCUUCCACUUGUGUUAAUCAGCUUUCUGUUACUAUAAUUAAAUACCUGAGGUAAUUAGCUUAUGAAGAGAAAAGGGUUGUUUGUUUUGGAUCACAUUUUCAGAUGUUCCAGUCUAUGUCGGAGUGAUCCCUUUUGCUUUUGAGUGCAUCAUGGCAAAAGUAUGUGGCAGAGCAGAACUGUUGACCUCACUGCCAGCAAGCCGAAAAGAGAAAGGAGUUCAAGUUCCACAGUUCCCUUCAGUGACACACCCGCAAAGACAUAAGGACCUUGUAUGAGGCUCUCCAAGAACCUACCACUUCCCAAUAGUGGCACCCUAGGGACCACGCCUUUAAUUAAUCAUGGGCCUGUGAGGGACAUUCCAGAUUCAAAUCGAAUAACACUCUCAGGUAGUCAUGGUAUUUUUCCUCAGCAGCCCUGCCUGUGGAGUACUUACCAGACAGCUCUGCUGCUAAUGAACUCUGCCCCUUAUUAGUUUCGUAAGUCUUUCUCUGCCCGCAGGGAUCCCAAAUACUUUGAUUUCUAGUACUUCUGUUAUUUUGUUAUAUUUAAAAUUCUCAUAGCACAAUUUCCAUUUAGUUGAAGUAUAUUACCUCCAUUAAUUACCUUGAGGAAUGGCUUCUGUAGAGUGUGCCAAAAAGCAUCUUUUUGUUACGAUCCACAAUUAGACACUCCACACUAAAAAAACCAAAGGCUGCCUAUAUUGCAUUGAUUUGGGGGGGCUGUGAAAACCAAGUUUUUCUAAUGCUUCACAUUAACUAAGAAAGUUUUGUUGAAUAAUUCUUAAAUUUCUCAUUAAGUCAGUUUUGAGGAAAACGUACAAUGUGUGUUAGAGAGGUGACGCAGUCACCCUCUGCAGGGACAUGGGUAUGUGUGUCAUAUGUGAUAUACCAUUUGUCCCAGGACCACAAGGACAGCAGCAGGCAAACUGGCUAUCCUAAAACCAUGAUCAUCAGCAUUGGUCUUUGCAAACAUCACUUUAGGCAGCUGCUAAUCAUUAUCCCUGCCACAGUGGACAGCAUAUGUCAAUGUGGGUUAAAUACACACACUGUUGACUGAUUAACAUGUCCUUUAAUUUCCUUCAUGUUUAAAAACAACUGACAGAAUUAUUGAGACCUUUAAAAUAUUUAAGGAAAUUCAUUUACUCCUAUACAUAUGUGGUGACUAUUUUGAAAGAGGCAUUUAGGACAUCAAUCUGUAAUCAUCUGUUUUCCAUUAAUUCAUGCAUUCAUUCAUUCAUUCAAUAUUUGGUACAUUGUCUGGUGGCGCUGAGAAUCACACAAAUACAAAAAACAAGAUAAUCUGUUUAUAAAUAGCACAAUGCAGUUAUACAGCUAGAUACCAGAUGUUUUUCCAAAUUAUCAUCUGUAAUAAAAGAAAAAUGAAGUAAAACGUCUAAGAUUUGAACUACUUCUGAGUUGUCACUUUC